AUGGUUAGUGGCGAGGAGGCAGAUAGGUCCAUUACUGAAACAUUCACUGCGUUAAGAGAUCAGAUUGCAAAGGAAUGCGCUUUGAAAGAGGAAGUCAGCAGUGUUUCACACGAGCUGGAACUGUGUGAGCGGGAGGUAGUUGUCACACUUGGCAGGGUACACAUGUUGGAUAAAAGUGCUACAAGUGAAAUUUUCACCAGCUCUCAUGAUAUGGUUGAGAGCAGAAUUAAGCCUCUUUAUGAGAAACUGCAAAAGUUGGUUUCUCCAAACAUGUACUACAAAUUUCAUGAGUCCUUUGCCCACGCAACACAACGUGUGGUCUACGCAAUUGCCUUCACGCACUUUUUGGAAGAAGGAGUACUGAUCAGCCGCGACGCUGUAGCGUCUAUUUUAGGAGUGAAAAUUGAUGGUAGAGAUGGAUUCCAUUUGGAUUUGGAGGACUAUCUUCAUGGAAUUCUUCAUCUAACUUCGGAAUUGUCUCGUUUUUCAGUCAAUGCAGUUGCUGCUGGGGAUAAUAAGCAGCCUCUCUUGGGAAGUUUUAAUACACUGAAGUGUGACCAUGGAGCCGCUUCUGAGCAGCUCGGGACGAAGAUUGCCGAGUUCGUGAGGACAAUAGAUGCAAAUUUCCGACUCCUCAAUUUAAAAAAUGAUUCUUUGAGGAGACGUUUUGACUCCUUGAAGUACGAGCUUCAGAAGUGUGAUCAGAUAGUAUAUGACUUGACCAUUCGUGGUUUAAAACCAAUUGAGGUGCAAGGGGAAACCGACUGUAAAAGCAAUUCGCUUCCAGACAACUUCGAAGUGCCGGUGAAAAAGAAGCUUAAAGAAUCUACAAACUGA